AAACCAGGACAGAAUUCGCAACCACAGACACCACACAUCACGAUGAGCAUUAGCCUGGAUGAGUCCAUCUGCGCGUAUUUCGUGAACAACCUGAAAGCGGGCAGCAAUGGCGACUCCGAUGCGGACACUCUGGAGCAGUUCGAGGCGUCGCUGGAGCUGCUCGGCCAGCAGCUUGCCGAGACCCAGAUCCGUCAAAUAAAGCCCAGCGAGGGCUAUCCCCUGAUUGCAGCCGGCAAGCUGACCAAGAAGGAUGUAUUCGUGCUGGCGCAGUUCGAGGGCGACUUCUUUGUGCAGCUCCAGCUGACGAAGGCCCUCGUCCUGGGCCCGCCAUGCCUGCUGACAUGCCUGCGCAACAACGAGCCCAUUCCCCUGGGCAGCAGUGCCAUCUACACGACGGCCAUGCGCGAUCUGCAGGUGUCCGCCACAGGCAUAACGCCGCAGAAGAAGGAGGAGCUCAGCAGGCUGAUCAACUGGAUGGGCGGCGUAUACUUUCAAAGCUUCGGGCACCGCACCACGCACCUCAUCUCGAACACGAUCAAGUCCAAUAAGUACGAGCAGGCCACGCUGAACGGGGUGCCCGUGAUGCACGUGGACUGGGUGCAGUACGUCUGGGAGCAGAGCAGGCGCCGCCAACGGGAGGGCGUCCGAGCCACCGACACCGAGUUCGACAAGUACCGCCUGCCCACGUUCUUUGGGGCGAACAUCACGUGCAGCGGCCUGGAUGUGGCGCGUAAGGAUGAGGUGAUGCGGCUGGUCAACGAGAAUGGUGGCAUCUAUCACCGCGCCUUCCGCUCCCAGGUGGUGGACAUCGUCAUCACCGAACAGUCCAAGACGGACACGGAGAAGUACAAGGCGGCCAUACGCUACAAGAAGGACGUGCUGCUGCCAGAAUGGAUCUUCGAUAGCCACAAUCGGGGCUACGCCCUGCCCACCAAGGAGUACGAGGUGCGGCCGGGCAAGAAGUCAUCCACACCCACCAGAACCGGCGGCAGCCGUUCGUCCUCUUCGACAGCUCCCGGCGCCGAUCAAACGCAGCUCUCGGAUCUCUCCCGGAUCAGCUUCGUUUCGGGCUCCCGGCGCAUGUGCAGCGACCUGACCACCGUCAACGAAACCCUUGGCUGCAGCUCCCCCGCCAAGGAGCUGCUCAAGCAGGCCACCACCACUACGGGCAGGAGCUACCAGCAGGUCCUGGCAGAGAUUUGCCCGCGACAGGCCAAGAAGGCGGGCACCUUUCUCGACGGCUGUUGCGUGUAUCUCUGCGGCUUUCGCGGGGAGGAGCGCGAGAAGCUGAACCGCGUCCUUAACACGGGCGGUGCCACCCGCUACGACGAGGCCAACGAGGGCGUCUCCCACAUCAUUGUGGGCCAGCUGGACGGCGAGGCGGCCAACGAGUAUCGGCAGUGGCAGAGCGACGGUCUCAUGAGCUCGGUGCAUGUGGUGCGUCUGGAUUGGCUGCUCGAGAGUAUACGUGCCGGUCGCGUGGUCAGCGAGCUAGUGCAUCGCGUGUCCCUGCCCCAAAACCGUGAACCUGACGUGGCCUCGCCGGCCAGCAAGCGGACGCUGCGCUCCAUGAACCACAGCUUCAAGCAGCCGCAGCCCAUCCGGAAGAAACUAUUCGAUCAGGAGAAGGAGAAGGAGCUAGAGGAGGAGCCGGACCAUCAUCUGCUGGAUCAGUAUUCGCAGGAUCAGGGAGCAGUGGCCCAGCUGCCGCCGGCGGACACAAGUCUGCUCCAUCCGGCCGCUAGUUCCACGCAAAUGGAGAUGCCAGCUCAUCCAGAUCCAAAACCAGGCCACAUCUCGCAGGUUCCCCUGCCCGAUCUCAGUGCCAGCGCCAUGUCCAUUGACUUUGACAAGCUGCACUACUUCUUCGGCCUCUCGGUGUACGUCCACAAGGACUGCUUCAACUCGGAGUUCUACGCCCACAUGCUGACCGAGUGCGAGGCUGCCCAGGGUCUGCUGGUUUCCUCCAGCUUUGCCGACGAGGUGGACUAUGCCAUUGUCAGCUUCGAGGUGGCCUUCGACGAGAAGGAGCUGCCUGUGCGGGCGCGUCAUGUGGUGACCGAGCUGUUCCUCGAGAGCUGCAUGAAGCAAAACAAGCUCCUGCCCGUGGAGUACUAUCACAGGCCUGUGCCCGCUACUGCACAGCGUCAGCCGCUGGCGGGCAUGACCAUUGUGGUGUCCAUAUAUGCGGGCCUAGAGCGGGACUUUAUCAAUUCCACGGCGGAGCUAAUGGGCGCCACAGUGAACAAGAAUCUAAACAAAAAGGAGAAGCCGCUGCUGGUGUGUCCCCGGGCCGAGGGCUCCAAGUACGAGGGUGCUAUCAAGUGGCACUAUCCGGUGGUCACGGCCGAAUGGCUGGUCCAAUGCGCCAGCAAAGGUGAAAAGCUGCCGUAUAUGGACCACUUGGUGGGCAAUAGUCCCAAGGAUUUCCCCAUUUCCCCGAAAUUGAGGGAAAAUAAUUCCAGAACGACGUCCAGAAGAAGGCACCCGGAGGAAGUCACACUCCAGAACGGCGAGGAGGUGGAGAACAACCAGCCAGAGGCAGCAGCUCCUGUAGUAGCUCCUCCAGCACCAGCUCCUGAAGUCACUCCACUCCGAAACAGACGCGUUUCCGAGCUGGCAGGCCCUUCUGGCCGUCGAAGUGGCGGCAGCUACACCUCCUCUCCGGACUCGCCUUGCACUCCGCUCAGCCAAGUGGGCACCCAGAACUACAAUUUGGACUUCCUGGAGCAGUUUGUCCAGCGUUUGGACACGGACGAGGGCAAGGACUGUGUACGACAGAUUAUACGCGAGAUGCGUGAGAAUCAAACGCCCGAGCUGGAGCGCAUACGUCGGCAGGCCUGUACCCCAGUGAGUCGUCGGAACAUGCCACGACCGGCGCCUGGAAUACCAGACUUUUGCCUGACCCCCGAGUUCCAGCAAAGGAUGGCGGAUGACUUUGAAAGACGCUGGCGCUUGCCCACGCAGAAAAUCAAGCCGGACACACCGCUGGCGGUGAUCAGGCAGCGGGUGAUGCGGAUCACCUGCGAGACCCUGGGCAUUGAGUUUGACCAAGAGGAGAAUGAGGAGCAGCAGGAGAAGGAGAAGGAGCAUAAGGAGCAGCAGCAGAAGGAGCAGCAGCACAAGAAGCCGCCUCAGGUCACAAAACUCAACUUUGAUAGUUCACCCAAGACGCCCAAGGUGGCGGCGGUAUCCCUCAGAAAGUCUGCUUCGCCAAGGACAUCUUCGGUUCACCAGUCACCCUUUGUGCCCAACUCCCAGAGUCCCGGCCAGAGCACCAUUAACUUUGACAAAAUAAGCUUCGAGGAGACCACUACAGCGGCCGCCGCUUCCGUGAUGGCACCCGAUGUCAAGCAGAUCACCGACUACCUAAAGAACUGCGAGAGCCGGAGGAACAGCUUGAAGCGCAGCCAUGACAACGAUAUGGACGCGUGCCCCGAAAGCGAGGUCCAGUAUGUGCAGCCGUUCGAGUCCGAGGGCUUCGCUUUGGGCACCGAGGACAUGGUGGGCUGGCGUGAUCCCGUCGAGUUUAAUGCGGCCAAGCGGCGUUCCUCCGGCGGUGCUGGGUCCUCGCCCCGAAUGCAGCACCAGGGCAUGCCCUGCUUCAGCAUCUCGUGCGGCGACGAUGACGAAAAGCGAGCGGAGCUCAGCGAACGGAUCACCCAGCUGGGCGGCAGGCUGUGCGAGAAUCUGGUCAACUACGACAGCGCCUGCACCCAUCUGCUGUGCGAGCGUCCCAAUCGCGGCGAGAAGAUGCUUGCCUGUAUAGCGGCGGGCAAGUGGAUACUGCACACCCAGUACAUCGACCAGUGCCAUGCGCGGGGCCACUUCAUCGACGAGGCCCUCUACGAGUGGAGCAAUCCGCGGGCUUUAAAUCUGCCCAAGCUGACGCCCGAGGAAGAGCCCAUUGCCGCCGCUGUCCAUCGGUGGCGCACCGAGCUGGGCACCCAAGGCGGUGGCGCCUUCACCGGCUAUCGGGUAAUCCUCAGCAUCAACGAGCGCAGCGGAGCGGCCAUUAGGAACGUGCUGCGUGCCGGAGGAGCCUGCAUAUUGGAGCCCAAGUCUCCCUUCGCCAGCGAUCCCUUGGCAACCACGGCUACGCACUGCUUCGUGGAUGUGAAGACGAUGCCUUUGGCAGCCAGGGAUCUGGCCCACCUCCUGCAGAGGGGAGUGCGGGUGCUCAGCCAGAUAGCCAUCAACAAGUACUUGAUGAACGGCCGGGAGGCGGAUCUGUCCAAGUACGAGCUCAAGGCAUAGGCUGGCGACAUCAUCAUCACCAUCAGCAUUGUCGUUUUUUUGUUGAAAAUUUCUAUAAUUUUUGUGUGUUUUCAAAAUGAAUUUUAUAUUAAUAUGUU